AUGGCGAUCACAGCUACCGAUGGCGAUCACAGCAACCGAUGGCGAUCACAGCUACCGAUGGCGUUCACAGCUACCGAUGGCGUUCAUAGCUACCGAUGGCGUUCACAGCAACCGAUGGCGUUCACAGCAACCGACAGCGUGUGCUCCAUGUAUGGCGUUCACAGCAACCGAUGGCGUGUGCUCCAUGUAUGGCGUUCACAGCAACCGACAGCGUGUGCUCCAUGUAUGGCGUUCACAGCAACCGAUGGCGUGUGCUCCAUGAAUGGCGUUCACAGCAACCGACGGCGUUCACAGCUACCGAUGGCGUUCACAGCAACCAAUGGCAUUCACAGCAACCGAUGGCGUUCACAGCAACCGAUGGCGUUCACAGCAACCGACAGCGUGUGCUCCAUGUAUGGCUUGUGCUCCAUGAAUAGCGUUCACAGCAACCGAUGGCGUUCACAGCAACCGAUGGCAAUCACAGCUACCGACGGCGAUCACAGCUACCGACGGCGUUCACAGCAACCGACGGCGUUCACAGCAACCGACGGCGUUCACAGGUACCGACGGCGUUCACAGCUACCGACAGCGUGUGCUCCAUGUAUGGCGUUCACAGCAACCGAUGGCGAUCACAGCAACCGAUGGCGUUCACAGCAACCGAUGGCGUUCACAGCAACCGAUGGCGUUCACAGCAACCGACGGCGUGUGCUCCAUGUAUGGCGUUCACAGCAACCGACAGCGUGUGCUCCAUGUAUGGCGUUCACAGCAACCGAUGGUGAUCACAGCAACCAAUGGCGAUCACAGCAACCGAUGGCAUUCACAGCAACCGAUGGCGAUCACAGCAACCGAUGGCGUGUGCUCCAUGAAUGGCGUUCACAGCAACCGAUGGCGUGUGCUCCAUGUAUGGCGUUCACAGCAACCGACGGCGUUCACAGCAACCGAUGGUGA